AUGCUGAUGCUGAUUGCAUUCUUCUUUGUGGGUAUCUUUUCAACCAUCUUUAACAGGCGGUAUUCCCACUGGACUUUACUAUUGUUCAGGAUCAUGAUCAGGUAAGUGUUUACCUAGGGAGAUAUAUGGGGUGACUUGUAAUGCCUUGGUCAAAGAGAGGCGAGCAUCAGCAUGUAUGGUCUUACAUAAAACCUGGAUGAGAGAUCACACAGGAGUCCCUCAUCCUUGGCUCUGAAUCCUACCCCUACCCCUUGCCUUGGGGAGUGUAUUUUGGAGAAGAAAAGGCUAAGGAGUAAACCCUACACAAGUGUGGAGUCCCUAAGAUGGUUGGAUGGUACUUUGCAUGUCUCCUUCCAGCAACUCUUGCAGCCAAACAUAUUGCUCUGCUUUCCUUUGGACCACAUCAGCGAGGCUGAGAGGAGGGUCUUGUUGUCUGGGCAGCCCAGGACCUCUGUACACUCUGCCCAGGUCUGUUGCCUCAGGGGUGUCACUUUGGUGCUGUAGGGGCUUGGACCAGAUGACCUUCCAACUCAAUUCCAUAUUGGUACAGGAAGUACAAGUUAGGCCGGUUGGCAUUAUAAUGCAAACCAAAACUAAUUUCUCCUCAUGGUAGAGUUAGGCGGCUCCUUCCGCUCCUCACUUUAACUGGAAGUGCUUCCUCUGAAGAACCACCAGUCUCUUCAUCUUGCUUCUCUCUGUGCUUUUAGGUGCAAGCGUCUGAAGAGGGGCAUGAAGGUGAAAUUCGUUGAACAUGAGGGCUACAGGUUCUGUUAUUUCUGCCGAGGGAAACCGGGCUCCCAGCCAUCGGUGCUGAUGCUUCAUGGCUUUUCAUUCAACAAAGAUAUGUGGCUAGACACCAUCAAAGUAGGUUUCCAUUUUUCCAAUCGGGCAACUUUCAUGUCUCUUUUGUGCCUUCCCUGAGACUGUUGGAAAUGACCAAACGUACCCAACUUUUACACCUUCAGCAUUUGACUUGGGGCAUUCCCCGCCCCCCAAGCCAUUGUCGAAAAGGCAAGAGUUUCCCCGGUGAGACGUAAAGUGUGAGCAGCUGCCCUAAGGACACACAGCAUCCUCAUCUUUCUGUAGUUCAGGGGUUGGGGGCAUCAUGUGGCCCUCCAGAUGCUGUUGGACUCCAACUCCCAUCAGCACCAGCCGCAAUAGCCAAUGGAAUGGGUGAGAGGAACGUUACUCCAGCAACAUCUGGAGGAGCCAUAGUUUCCCUACCUCUGAUGCAAUGUAUUAAGAUGCCAUAGGUAAAGGUAAACGGACCCCUGACCAUUAGGUCCAGUUGUGGCCGACUCUGGGGUUGUGGCACUCAUCUCGUUUUACUGGCCGAGGGAGCCGGCGUACAGCUUCCGGGUCAUGUGGCCAGCAUGACUAAGCCGCUUCUGGCGAAUCAGAGCAGUGCACGGAAACGCCGUUUACCUUCCUGCCGGAGCGGUGCCUAUUUAUCUACUUGCACUUUGACGUGCUUUCAAACUGCUAGGUUGGCAGGAGCAGGGACCGAGCAACCUGGAUCAAAAUUGUGGAAGUACAGCUGUGAGGCCAGGCUUGUUGAUCUAGAAAAGGGAGCCAAGCUGGUGUCCCCCAGCUGCUAUUGGGCUACAACUCCUGCAGGCCCUAUGGCCAAUAGUCAAGGAUGGUCCCAUAAGCCAUGUGGUUGGCCACUAUGAGAACAGCAUGCUGGACUAGAUGUUCCCUUCUAAUGUUCCUGUGAUGGGAGUUGUAAUCCAGUAACAACCUGGCUGCUCCUGGGUUGGGAGAGGAGUGAUUGUUGCAUUAGAUUUAAAGUCUGGCAUUCAGCUGCCCAACUACCCCAUGCUCCAGGGGGAAAAAGGGACCAUAUCAUAAAGAGGGAGUGGAUGACCAAGUGGUAAAUCUUAUUGUUUGCAUGAUCGUGCAUCUCAGGCAUUGCAGCUCUGCCUUUUUAACUUAAUCCUAUCUACCCACUCCAUAAUACACUCAAACAUUUUCUCACUGUAUAUGUUUCUUUAUACCAUAGGCUAAAGAAGGGUGUAAUGGUAUUUAUUUGGGCACAUCAACCACUCCACCCCUUCGAUAAUGACCAGCCCAAUUAUGGUUGCUUUGAAUUCUUGGUCUCAUUUCCGAUGCCGUCUUUCCCCAGCUCUUUCCUAAGGACCUCCACGUGGUCUGCCUUGACAUGCCAGGCCACGGAGAAACCACUCGCCUGCUGGCAGAAAGUUACACGGCAGUUAACCAAGCGAAAAUGAUACACCAGGUAAGGCUGGCAAGCAAGUGGUUCUGGACUGGUAAGGGCGUCACCGUCGCUGAUCGAUGAAAUAUGGAGAUUGCCUUGGCUCCGAUUGCUUAAGCUGGAGCCAAGGAGCUGGUUUUGCAAUUGCUCACCAGCAGGGUGCAUUGCAGUUUUCCCAUUCCUGCGAAAGGCAACGUCUCCUGGGCUCAGCUUUCCUUGAGAACCUUCCUGCUCCACAGCCUCUGCUGACUAUUAUUUUAAAGAGAAUCCAAAGUAGGAAUGAUUGGCAGCAGCUAGGGACUUGCUUGGGAAAUUCCCUUUGCAUGGCGAGUUCCCGCCCCCACCAGGUGUAAAUAAUGAUGCAUGACACAAUUAUUAAGGUUAAUGGGCUAAAAAAGACCACAGCUUUAUUGGUUACAGGUGAUGAGCGGUAUUGGCUUAGGCAUUGGUCCUAACCGACUAUAUCCGAUUUCAGCCCGUCUGCUUGAAGUCCAGGAAGGGUUAACCACCAGUAGGGGGAGUCCUGCUGAUGCACAUCAACUAGGAACUUCCCCGGGUCACCGAUAGGGGGCGUGCCUUAGGCCCUCACCUCCUUAGGCUUCGGAUAGGGCCACGCCCCCCCGGAAUCCUUUAUCGGACUACCCUUCCACGUGGGGGGCAGGUGAUGGCGUUACCUCCCCUCUUCCAUCUACAGAACUAUACCAAUGCCUAACCACCAAUACCCAGAAUGUUGUGACGAUUUGCUACAAGGUAGGCAAAAACCAAGUGGCUGGUGCCAAUUUGCCAAGUGGAAAAAUUCCUACCAGGCCCCUCAACAGCGACCAACCAAGGUCCAUAGCAAGGUCAAAGACAAAACCUUAAAGGGCGGGAGGGUGGGAAAGCCAAACAGCUGUGGAGCGGCAAAGAGGGAGAUCCUGCCUUAAAUAGGGCAGGCCAUGCCCCCAGAGCCAGCCGAUUGGCUGGCCAGGUGGUGACACGGCCGGGAAUCCCCCCAAUCGCACGGUAGCUGGGCUCCAGCCACUGCGCGUGUGGUAGGGCCGUGAAGCCCACAACCCCACCUCCGCUGAAGGGCAGAAGUGACUAAACCGGUAAGGACACCUUUAACAUCCAGCUUAACCUCAUGCUCCUUCUUUCAGUUUGUUGAGUGCAUUGGCCUGAACCAAAAGCCUUUCCACCUGGUUGGCAUGUCCAUGGGCGGAACAAUUGCUGGUAUUUAUGCGGCUCAGUAUCCAUCUGAUGUCUCUCACUUGUCUCUCCUUUGCCCACCUGGUGAGUGUCUGAGGAGGGGUGGGGAAUGUCAGACCUGGGGACCAGAUGCAACCCCACCUCCCACAACCCCUCGGCCUCUCUAUUUCAUCCUCCAAACUCUCCCCAGCUCACAACCCUCUCACCAACCUUGCUUUGCAUCCCAGAUUCCUGGCUGCAAUUUGUCCUUGAACACCGAUGAUUGCCUCUUGCUUGUCUGACUGAAGGAUAGAGAGGACUGUGUGAGUGUAUAUGGAAACUAGCCCUAUACAGUGGUACCUCAGGUUACAUACGCUUCAGGUUACAGACUCCGCUAACUCAGAAAUAGUGCUUCAGGUUAAGAACUUUGCUUCAGGAUGAGAACAGAAAUCGUGCUCCGGCGGCGCGGCGGCAGCAGGAGGCCCCAUUAGCUAAAGUGGUGCUUCAGGUUAAGAACAGUUUCAGGUUAAGAACGGACCUCCAGAACAAAUUAAGUACUUAACCUGAGGUACCACUGUACUAUUAAAGCACAUUCUUCCCCUCAAAGAAUCCUGGGCACUGCAGUUUAUCCCUCACAGAGUUCCCGCUCCCAGCAACACAUAACAAACUACCAAGCCCAGAAUUAUCUGAGGUGGAAAAAUGUGCUUUGAAUGUGUUCAAAAGGUACAGUGGUACCUCGGGUUACAGACGCUUCAGGUUAUGCGUUUUCAGGUUAUGGACGCACCAAAACCCGGAAGUACCAGAACGGAUUCCUUCUGGGUUUUGGCCAUCACGCUUUGCACAUGCGCAGAAGCGCCAAAUCGCGUCAUGCACAUGCGCAGACGCAGCACUGCAGGUUGAGAACGUACCUCCCGCACAGAUCACAUUUGCAACCCGAGGUUCCACUGUACAGUGUUUCGUUCUCAGUGCUGCUCAGAGAGUAGCUACUCUUCACAGACAGACACAGUGGUACCUCGGUUUUCGAACGUAAUCCACUCUGGAAGACUGUUCGACUUCUGAAACAUUCAAAAACCGAAGCACAAAGGGAGGUCUGCUGAUUUAAUUGAGAAAAUUGAGAAACACUCAACGUAAGCUGUUUGACUUCUGAGGUGCUUUCGAAAACCGAGGUACCACUGUAUACAAAUAUAUACAAUAUACGGGGAGGAACCUAACCCAUACAUUCUUACAUAAAUUUGAAAUUAUUAUCCUAACACAUAUGUUAAUAUCAAUAGCAUACCACAUUUGGCAACUGUGCUAGGACUAUUGAGGUAGCCACCAGCAAUAUUCCUUGCUCCAUUAGCUCACUCCAGUCCCAACUUCUAUUCCAGCUGUUACCAACUUGGCCUUGCAGAUAUUUGCUGCACUACAACUCCCAUCAGCCCUUGCCAGCAUGCUCUUACUGCCUGGGGCUGAUGGGAGUUGUGGUCCAAUAUCUAGAUGGGGUCAGGUUGGCAAAGGCUAUUGUGGACUUUCAGCACUGUUCUGUGGUUCCAGAUCUCCCAUUUAUAGCAACCGGUUGACCAGUAACUACAUUUCUAAGCCACACAUUUCCUCCCAACUCUUUAGGCCUACGGUAUGCAGCAGAUAAUGAGUUCAUCAAACAUUUGAAGGAGCUGCGGAAGUCUACCAACUCACACAGCAACCCUCUGGUUCCUUUGACCGUAAAACAGGGAGAAAGUUUGCUCAGACUUGGCUUAUACCAUCCCAGCAGUACAAACAUGCAGGUGAAGAGGUAGCGCCCUGAAAAAUUGUAGGACUCUGGCCUAAUAGUUUGGAACAAUGUCCCAGACCUUGGCAAGCUUGUCCACCUGCCUGCCUGCCUGUCUUCUGCAGCAUUUGGUGGUACAGGCAGGAGAGGCACGAGACGAAAUCUGAAACAGAAGGCUGGGUAAAUAGACUGUGUUUGGUGAACUUGCAACUUUUCACUUGUCAGGGAUUCUUAAGCUCAGUUGGUUAGAGUGUGGUGUUGUUAAUGCCAAGGUUGCAGGUUCGAUCCCUGUAUGGGACAGCUGCAUAUUACUGAAUUGCAGGGGGUUGGGCUAGUGUCAGGGUUCGGGGAAUCAGCCCCCCCCCCCGUGGCUGUAAAUGAGCAGAUCAAACGAAAGGAAUUCUUACCAGUUAGUUUCUUUAAUAAACACAGCAAAGGGCAAAAGAAAGCAUCUAACCAGAAUGGCGGUGCUCCCAGUAAAGGUCACUCCCCCUUCCGUCCAUGUUAAUCCACGUCACUCCCACAUUUUGUAAUCUGAGUCUGUAGUCUCUGCGCUUUCUAAGCUGACACUUUAUGAGCUCUCCGUGUCUUUGGGGAAGGGGUGUGUGUGGAUACUAUCCAGAGACUGUGAAUCUGUUAACUCUCUCUCUUCUAGUUUUUCUUCUGCUAGCUGUUCCCCAUCCAGUAUUUCCCAGCUUCUGCCUUCUGCACUAUGCCCUUCUGCAAACCACGGUUCCAAAUCUAUACUGUCCUCCUACUCCUGGGAAGAUUCAGGAUCAGGGGAGGGGGGAGGGGGAAGCUCCCACCAUUCUUCCUCGGUGCAGCCCUCCUCAGCACGGUCCCUGACUGGUAGAUGAUCCUCAGGGUCUCUUCCAACUCCACAAUUCUAUGAAUCUAUGAUUUUUAGCUGUGAUUGCUGUAUUGCAGAAAGUUGGACUUCUUCUUCUUCUUCUUCUUCAUUCUACCUCAUCCAUCUAGCUGGGCUGCCCCAGCCACUCUAGGCCACCCUUGGGAUCCCUCACAAGACUACAUUUCUAUGCUUCUAAUUAGGAGAGAGCUCCCACAAGGAACUGCACUGGAAACUUCAUCCAUCCAUUCAUUAUAUAGUGCCAUCAAUCUGCAUGAUGCUUUACAGAGGAUAGGUCUCUGCCUGAAGAGCAUAAGACAAUAUAAACGGUGAAAUGGCAGGAAAAGGGGGCAAGUGCAGUCGGACUUAAAAGUUGCAUGUGUUGAGGUUUGGCUUGGAACACGCGGAAGCUGCCUUAUUUUGGUCAGACUAUUUGAAGAGGCCCGUAGUGAGACCAUUGAUCCCCUGCUGGUGAGGCUUGCUGACCUUUCGGAAAAGCAAAAUUUUGACCUUUUCCUGUUAGGCAAAGAUCAUAAGACGACCCAGAUGAUCACCAGAUUCUGUGUACAGAUGUGUAGACACAGACCAUUCCUCAACCCAAACUAGUUCGUUAAGAAAAUCCCCAAACUCAGUUCCAUGGGUGACUCUGGGUCAUGUCUCUGUGGUUGCUUAGUUUUAAGUGUCUUAUCGCAUUUAUAAAUUUUAAAUUUCUUGUUGUACAUUGUUUUAAAUGUUUGCUUUCCUUCUGGGAUUGUACCCCCAAGUGUGUUUUAUAAGCUGGUCUCCGAACGUAAACAAUUAUCUAUCUAUCUAUCUGGUCAGACCAUUGGUGCGUGUAGCUCAGUUUUGUGUACAGGGGUUGCCAGCCUUUCCAGACCUUCUUACUUUUCUUUUUUCUUUUCUUCGUCCCCUUAGCUCCUAAAGGGCUAUCUGGAAGACAGGAGGCCACACAAGUCUUUCUUCUUAAAAUGUAAGUUCAAUAGCAUUGCCUACGCUCUGCCUGGGGAAUUUCACAGAGGCUGAUCCUGGUUUCCUAUCAAUAUGCUAGAUGGAACAAAGAUAUGCAGCCUAGCCCAGCUGUUGCCUUGUGUUCUGUUUUUUAAAAAUAUAUUUAAAUUUUAUUAACAUAUAAAACACAUACAUAUACAUUUACACAAUACACAUACACAACACACUACCUUAUUUUCAUAACAUAAAACAUACCUACGUUACUCUAUAUAAUACCUACCUAUGCUAUACAUAUCAACAUACCUACACACCUACCCCACACGGACACCCACCAAGUGACUUGACUUCCAGCCGUUCUUGUUACGCUACUUUAUUUUUCCAACUAGCUUAAACGCAUUUCAUUAUUUCUUUAAUCUCUUAUUCUAUCUUGACUUUGCUCUCCUUUCACUCUAAUCAUUUUCUGGAUUCACUCAAUAUCUGUCAGAAGUUCUACUUUUUCCACAUAAAUUUUGAUGUAUUCCUUAAAGGUAGGCCACUCCUUAUUCACUUUUUGUACCAUAUCUCCUCUUAUCCUCCCUGUUAGUUCGGCAAUAUGGAAGCUGUUGUCUUGAGGCAGCAGAUUUGCUGCUUGAAGCAGGCUGGCUGCACCUAGGCUCAGCUUAGCUCGCAUCCGCACCAUACAGUUAAAGUACUCUUGUACCAUGUUUAACAGUCAGGGGAAACUCCUGGGAACUGCAGUUUGUUAAGGAUGCUGAGAGUUGUAGGUCUGUGAAGUCAGUAGAGGGUGGUGUCCUUUAGGAUAAGUAGAGUGUUAGGCAGGAGGCCAACAGUAGGUGGCGCCAGAGCCAGCCAAUCAACUAAUUCUAGUUUUGCCCCUUCCCUCCUCCCUGCUUGAGUUCUGCAAGGACAGUGCUAAGACUUAAGGUGAAGGAAGCUGAUAGCAGGUGCCACCCUCUGGACUGGUUGUAAGGAAGAAGGCAGAUUUGUCAUGAAAAACAGAGUUAGGUUCCUUUUUUACCUUUAUCAGAGCAUUUUCAAGAAAGACCAAAUGACACAAUUAAUUUAAUCAGUUCUAUAUCUGUAAUUCAAUAACGUCUUUAUCCUUGAUUCUUCAGAGCCCAACCAUCUGGUUCUCAUUCAUACUUCAGACAUUCAUGUCCAUCCAUAUCGGCAUUCAGACCCAUCAAACAUACUAAAUAUAUAAGCAAUUAUAAAAUGAGAUCACAUUUGAUUCUCACAGACCAUUCCUGUGACUUAAAAACAUCUUAGUAAAUCACAUAUAUUCUGUAAGAGAUUCAGCAUAUCCCUGAACAUUCGGAACAUGCAUGUUGUUGUUUGAUAGUUUGGGGAGCUUGAAACCAACUGUAUUGAAAGAAUACCUUUAAUAUUACCAUAACAUCAGUGCCCCACUUGCUGUAAUCGACCAGUUCCCACUGCACCCUUAACAAACUAACAGUUCCCAGGAUUCCGUAAGGGGAAGCCAUGGCUGUGAAAGCGGCCUAAGAGUUCGUUAAAUGUAUAGUGUGAAUGUGGCCUUGCGCAGAGGCAGAUUUAGGGCAGUGCAACCGGUUCUGCCGCGCCAGGUACCAAGCCUAGGGGGCGCUGCAGGGCAUCACAACUAUGACGUAGUUAAUUGAGCAGAACAGAAGGUGAGAGGUGUGAGGCGGGGAUUUUGACCUUGUACAGGGCUCUGCUGAAAUCUGAAAGACCAAAAUCUGUCCCACCGUGCGCAUUUGUAAAUAAACCCAAAUAUUACAAUAAUAAUAAUAGUAAUAAUAAUAUUUAUUUAUACCCCACCCAUCUGGCUGGGUUGCCCCAGCCACUCUGGGCGGCUUCCAACAUAUAUGAAAACAUAAUGAAACAUCAAGCAAUAACAAUCUGAUCCAAUAUAAAAAGUAGCAAUAACUUUAAAAUAAACAACUUCAUAUCAAACAAAGCAACAUUCAACAAUCCAUCAGAAUCAGUGAACAGUAAAACUACACAUCAGCAAAUAAUAAUUAAACCGUUUGCACUUAUCAACCACAAUAAAGAAUUACCGUACUUUUCCAUGCAUAAUGCAAGGAUUUUUUAUGUGAAAGUAAUGUUUAAAAAUUGGGGUCGUCUUAUACACGGGUAGUGCUGAGGAGGGACGGGUGAUUGGUUGCUGCUGCGAGCCGGAGAUUGUCAGGUGGCAGUGCAUGUGAUUGGUGGCUGUGGAAAUGGCUUUUUUUAAUUUACUGUUGCAAAACAAAACAAAAACAAAAAAAGCCAUACGUCUCCAGAUGUCAUUAAUACUCCAACUUCCAUCAGCCUCAGCUAGCACGGCCAGUGAUAAGGGAUAAUAGGAACUGUAGUCCAGCAACAGCUGUGGGGAGAAGGGGGCACAGGGUCUUCAGGACUGCUGACUUUAGGCACUCCUUUGCUUCGUCACAGAAAAGUGUCAGGACAUAUCACAUUUUAUGUCUGUAGCAAUCUCUAAAGAAGGGUGCUUAUCUGCAUUUUCCCACCAACAAUAAACAGACCAGGGGAGCAAUGCACACAGCAUUAAGAUAGGACACACUUUUUCAUGUGUGGGGCUGGCCCUGUGUUUCUAAGAAGACAUGCAAAGUGACCCUCUGAUGAUUCAAAAUGGUUUGAACGUGGUUGUUGGGCUUCUGGGUUUCUCUUCUGCUGCAAAACAGACGCACACCUAACGUCAGGGCAACAUGCCUGGAAAUCCUCAAGGGUAAAACGACCACAGAAACAGGCCUCACUCUGCUUCUUUCUUGGAAAAGGCUUUUUAGACAUGUCCAGCAAGGAGUCCAGGUACCACUUGCAUGACAGCAUGAGCAAGAUCAGGGCUCCAGCGCAAAUCAUCUGGGGAAGGGAGGACAAGGUAAGCUAACUGGUUAAAUUAGCAAGGGUACACUGGGCUAAAGAUUUAGGUCAUCAUAUUGACAUGACCUCAUGGGGAAAAACUGUGGAGAGUGGAUAUGAAAUUUACAGCCCAUUUUAAAGGAAAAUUUUUAUGAAAACGAUAUACAGGUGGUAUUUAAUGCCAAAUAAAUUAGCAAAGAUGUAUGGACUGUGUCCAAUAAAUUCUGGAAGUGUAAGCAUAAGGAAUGGACAAAGCAAGAUGUAUUUGUAGGUAGAGUUAGACGGAUGUAACAAAUUGAGAGAACUGUUCAUGAAAUGGUCCUGAACUGGUCUCCUGUAGUGUGCUUUGGUAAUAAUAAUAACAAUUUAUUAUUGAUUAUUGAUUAGAAUAUUUGUGUGAGAUUGUACGGGAAAAAUACGGAAUAACAUAUACACUCUUGCUUAAAAUGUAUAUAGGAAGUGCAGUGUAAGAGAUGGAAGUCAAUCAAUGAAAUUUUAUUAUUAUUUUCAUAUUGAGAUAUUUGUAGAAUAAAUUUGGAAGAAACUCUUCCAACUUUUCUUCUUCCUUUCUCUUUAUUUUUUCUUCUUCUUUUACCUUUUCUUCUUCUUUUCUCUUUUGUUCCUUUUUUCAUAUAUAUGUGCUUAUUUGAAAAAUAUAUUUAUGUAUGUAUGUAUUUGCAAUAUUUUGCUUAUAUUUUGUAACAAUUAUGUUAAAUAAAUAAAAAAAUAUUAAGAAAAAAAAUUGAAACAAUGCACACAUUGUUUUGUUGUUUAGGUGAUGGAUCCUUCCGGGGCAGAAAUGUUAGCCAAAGCCAUCCCUGCCUCCCAAGUGCAUAUACUGAAGAAAUGUGGACAUUUCAUCACUCUCGAUAGGCCCAGGAAACUGUCAAAACUUCUUCUGGAAUUCCACUAUUCAGUCUGUGGCACAGCAGAGAAUAAGAAGAUGGCGUAA